GGACUUCGUCGUUUUCCCGAGGGACGGGGAUUCAAGCAGUGGACUGGAGAUGACUCAAAGGCUCUAAUGAAGGUCUACCUGCCUGCUGUCGAGGGGUAUGUCCCUGCGCAGAUGCUUCGAGCGCUGAGUGCGUUCCUUGACUUUUGCUAUCUUGUCCGUCGCAACACUAUUACAACGAAAACGCUGGCCGAAAUCGAGGCAGCCCUGGCCCGGUAUCAUCAGGAGCGCACCAUUUUCGAGGAAAGUGGUGUUUGUCCCAAUGGAUUCUCACUUCCACGCCAGCACUCGCUUAGUCACUAUCCCUAUUUGAUCACCGAGUUUGCGGCCCCAAAUGGACUAUGCUCUUCAAUUACGGAGUCGAAACAUAUCAAGGCAGUCAAGGAGCCCUGGCGCCGGUCGAGCAAGUUCGAAGCAAUCGAGCAAAUCCUCACUAUUAAUAAUCGCCUUGACGCUCUUGCCGCAACCCGAGUCGAUUUCGAGGAACGUGGACUUCUUCGACCGACCGAUCCCGAUCCAGUUCUUCCUACCCUUAACCCCACUCGCCCUGAUCUUCUAGAAGAAGAUGAUGACGAUAAUCCAGAGAUGGAAAAUACUGUCGAGGCGACUGUUGUAUUGGCUAAGCGUCAUUUCCGAACAUAUCCCAAGGACCCUUUUCACCUCUCCAAAUUCCUUGGCUUUCCCACGCUCCCAUCCCUUAUCCGUCGUUUUCUGCAUGGCCAGAUAUUUCCGGAUGACGACCUUGAUCUUGUUGAUCCCCUUUCAUAUCCAGACAUCCCGGCUCGCAUCAAAGUCUUUCCCUCAGCAAUUGCCGCAUUCCAUGCACCCAGUGAUUGCGGUCAUGGCGUGGUGCCGAACCCCCGAUUUGACUGUGUUUAUGCCUCUGGUAGCGAUGAAGAGGGCUUCCGUGGUCUACUUGCUGCCCGAGUGCUACUUUUCAUGUCCUUCACCCACCGCCGUGUCGAAUACCCCUGCGCUCUGGUCACUUGGUUCUCACCAACAGAUGAUAUGCCUUGUCCAGAUGUGGGUAUGUGGAUGGUUCAACCUGACCUUGAUGAUACUGGGGACCGCAUCAUGGACAUCAUUCAUCUUGACACCAUUGCGUUAUGCGCCCAGGCCGAAAACGGAGCCCGGGAUUCGGUCAUACUGUCACCCGCUGACGCGCUCGCAGCCCGAUCCAGUCCCCGGCCCGCCCUCCCCGGUCUUAUCCCUCCCGCUCUCUCCCGCCUUCUCCUGCCGCCAUUCCCCGCCCGUUUCCCGCUAAAUUGGGAAUCUGGGCUCGUCUAUAGCGUGCACUCGCGCCGCUGGCGCGCCCCCGAUCCCGCCCUCCCGCCAGUCGCGUCGGCCGAUGUGUGA